GGACUGGCGUCAACACAUCUAAUGGCGGAAAUGGACAUCCCUACAUGAAAACUCAAAGUUGUUUUUUUCAUAAAAAGCCGAUUUGCUGCUCCGGCCUCACUUUAACGUCAAAACAUGGGGAAUGGAAUGAACAAGGUAUGAAAUCUCCUCUUCGUUUCUCUUUUGUAAUAUUCUUGCGUUUUUCGACAAUAUUUCCAACUUUGACAUCGUCUGUACCGCUAGUGUGGAUUGCAGAAUUUAUUCUAAAAAGCUGUCGAUCGCAGCAAAGAUCUGUGUUAUUUUCUCUUAUUGAUUGGGAAGCCAACAGUUGUAAAAAGGGUUUGUGUUAAAUGCAGGUUAAAAUUCUUAGUAUGCUUGUUAUUCAAAGACGGGAACAUGGUUUUUUGCGCUCAAAUUAAGGCAAACAUAAUUUAUGUUUCUCUUCCAAAAUCUAAGUAAGUAGUAUUUUGAGUGAGAUUCUGUACAUUUAGUGGUCAGUUAUGGUAUAAAGAGGUCUUGUGUAUCGUCUCUUUUAAUACCCCUAAUCUGUGGAACGUGUUAGUGGUCAACCUGUUUCAAGCGGUCACCCCGCCCGCUAAAUACAGGUUCGCCUGUACAUCUCGGUCUGAAUAUCUCAAUAAAGCUACAUGAAAUGUUAAUCAACUCAUUUGUGUUAUUUUUUCGCCUUCAUGGGUGAAAUUACCUAUGGCUGGAGGCCGUUAAGAGAAGAAAGGGAGAAAGAGCUCGUGACUUGGCAGCUGUAGGCCACAACAUCCUCCACUUCAAACUGGAAUUAAGACCAAACUGUUGAAAAUCCUUCCUAACUGUGACUGCCGUUGAUCGUUGAGGUGUUGCUCUAUCCCUUCCCCAAAUUUGAGCUUCAAAGCUCGAAAUUUUUUUAGAAAAUCAAUGCUGAAAUCAUGAAUACAGCUUUCUGAAUAUGAUUAGUGCCAAACUCAGUGACAAGAGGAAUUCAUAGCAUGCAAGCCGUUUCAAAUUUACCAAUCAGCACCUGGCAUCCUGCAGUAGCCCUGUGCAGUUGAUGUCGAUGCACUGUAGGAGCUCUAUCAGUGAGGGGCUCAAAAAGUAGGGACUACAUGCAUUACACUGGCAUGAUACUGGCUCUGUAAAAAUAUCAUGGCUACUUGCAUAGUUCUCCUUUUGAAUUUGAAGUGUCUUAACCAAAGACUCAUGUUUGUGAUCACUUUAUUUUAUCUUAAACAGGUCCUUCCUGGGCUUUAUCUCGGCAACAUCAGAGAUGCCAAGGACAAGGAACAGUUAACAAAGUAUGGAAUAACACAUGUUGUGUCCAUUCAUGAUAAUGCACAGGCACUGAAUGAGAAUCUAAUUUACAAGUGUUUUCAUGCAGCUGAUUCUCCUGAUCAAGAAAUAUCAGUUUACUUCAAGGAGAGCAUUGAUUUUAUUCACAACUGCAGGUUAAACGGUGGAGCAUGCUUAGUUCAUUGCAUGGCGGGAGUGUCUCGCUCAACAACACUUGUAGCAGCGUAUAUCAUGGCAGUAACUCAGCUCGAUUGGAGAGAGGCUCUUAAAGCAAUUAAAUGUGCAAGACCUAUAGCUAACCCAAAUUACGGAUUUAAAAGACAACUACAAGAUUUCUACAACUUACAUGCACCUCAGGAACGUGAAAGACUAAAAAGAGAGUUUCCUAACCCAAAAUAUAAUGACGAGGAAUUACUCCGAGACGUUAUGGCAAAAAGUGAGAACAACGAUGAUUCAGAAGAUCGCACGGAUGAUGUUAUGGACGCUUUAUGUAGACAUACACACAGGACUAAAAUUCAAUCAAUCGACAAGGAAAAUGAGGAAACAAUGGAUUCCGUAGGCGAGGAAAAGAUUGACUCAAUAGGCGAGGAACCUCCACCGAAUACAGCUGUAGAGAAUUAGAAUAUUUUCGUAGGGUUUUUUGCUUUGUUUUUCAGUUUUUGUCGCGAUUUAUACUUCACUAGUUACAUGUAUUAGAAGAGAAAUCAUCACAAAUGGAAGUUAUACACAAAUUCUAAUCCAAUUCCCACACUGGUGCUUUUACUCAAAGUCUCAGAUGUUCGUUUUAUUGCUAUUUAAGCAAUAGACCGCACUU